AUGGCGGCGUCACAACCCCCCAGAACUGCCACAUUUGCAAUAACUGCCACAGCUGCCACAGUCGCCACAACUGCCACAGUCGCCACAACUGCAACAGUCGCCACAACUGCAACAGUCGCCACAACUGCCACAGUCGCCACAACUGCCACAGUCGCCACAACUGCCACAGUCGCCACAACUGCAACAGUCGCCACAACUGCCACAGUCGCCACAACUGCCACAGUCGCCACAACUGCCACAGUCGCCACAACUGCAACAGUCGCCACAACUGCCACAGUCGCCACAACUGCCACAGUCGCCACAACUGCCACAGUCGACACAACUGCCACAGUUGACACAACUGCCACAGUCGCCACAACUGCCACAGUCGCCACAACUGCCACAGUCGACACAACUGCCACAGUCGCCACAACUGCCACAGUCGCCACAACUGCCACAGUCGCCACAACUGCCACAGUCGCCACAACUGCCACAGUCGCCACAACUGCCACAGUCGCCACAACUGCCACAGUCGCCACAACUGCCACAGUCGCCACAACUGCCACAGUCGACACAACUGCCACAGUUGACACAACUGCCACAGUCGCCACAACUGCCACAGUCGACACAACUGCCACAGUCGACACAACUGCCACAGUUGACACAACUGCCACAGUCGCCACAACUACCACAGUCGCCACAACUGCCACAGUCGCCACAGUUGCCACAACAACCACUACACCUUUGUCACCACUACCACCUUUCCAACCACUAGCCUCUCACAAUCACAACAGAAUGUAUGAUUCUUACACAAACAAAAUUAAUAUUUGAACUUGAUGUCUUAAGGAAUUAAUAUUUGAACUUAAUAGCUUAAAGAGAUUAAUGU